ACCAAAUAUAACAGUACAUAUCCAACAUCACGCCCGCUAUAUCCAGCGCCUAGUCAAAUCCGGCACUCUAGUUGCACGCGCCUCAACUUUAGCACCGACAUGGCCCCGGACUGGCAGAACCUGCCCGCCGACCUUUGGCUCCAUAUCGCAACCUUCCUUAACACCGCUGAUGGGGCCACUGCGCUCCGGCGCACCUCGCGCUUCCUGCGCAACAGCCUUUCCGCGCCUCAGCACCGCCGCGUGUUUCUCGCCGGCCCGCACACGUACCCUGGAUACUUGCGACCUCGGCGGCUUGACACGCACGUGCCACCACCGGGCUGGCCCGGCCGCGCAUUCCAGGAGAACUUCGCCACCGCAGCCGCCUGGGCCCACCUGUCCCUGCCGCAACGACGCCGGCUCGCAUGCCUCGCAGCGGCGUCAGGGCACGCAGCCAGCGCCACUGCAGCAAUCCAGUACAGCGGCGUUGCAAUGAACACAGAGGUACUGGCAUCCGCCGCGCAGGCUGGCUUGCUGCACCUCUGCCAACAGCUCAUCAGCCACGGCUGCGCGCUCACCUGCUCAGCAUUCGUGGCCGCCGGCAGCGCCGGGCACCUUGAUGUCCUCACGCUCCUCUUCGACACGGUAGCACACGCAGACCCUCAAGACUGGCAAGAGCUGUACACCAGCACGCAACAGGGCGCUUGCAUCGGCGGCCACAGCAGUGUGCUAGACUUCCUUAACGCCCGAUUCGCACAGCACGACGCCUGGCACACCCUUCCAGCAAGCAGCAUCAAGGCAGCGGCUGCACGCGGACACACAGCCCUAGUCGAGCGCGCCCUGCAGCAUGCCCCGCCGUACAGCUGGUACGGCGCGUACUGGCGAGCCAAAAUCAUGGACGGCAUCGCAGCAGGCUGCUCCACCCAGUUCCUGAACCACGUGCUCACCACCUACAUUCCUGAGUGGCCGCACAGCUUGCCGCUGCCACUGCCUGCGGACCCAGCAGCAGAACCGCCCGCGGUGGACGCGCCGGCAGCACAACAGCCACCUGCCUUCCCAGCCGUGGCUCCGCCAGCAGCGCCUGCGCCACCACCACAACAGCCAGCCAUUCAAGAAGCCUUGCCGCAGCCACCAGCACCUCAGCCACCCGAUCCGUCAGUCGUGCUGCGCGUCUGCCGCAGCAUCACACUCGCGGCGUCUCAACUGCCUGUGCCCAACACAGACAGCAUCCAGCUGCUGCUGCUGCGCGCACCGCAAGGCUGGCAGGCUGUUGCAACAGACCUCCUGAGCUCUGACACGUUCCUGCGCGACCCGAACCUCAGAAACAUUCCCGCGGUCCUAGCAACGCUGGCCGCAGCCGGCGUGGCUGUGCCGCAGGACCUACGCAACCGCCUGCUUCUACAGCAUGGCACCCCUGACGAAGCUGCAGACACAGUCCUCCACAUGGGCGAAAUGGCCGCGCGCCACUGCAACGCAGGCUGUACGCUCUUCUCCUCGACCCGCGACGAGGGCGUCAUCCGGCUUAGAGACAACCGCCCACAAGCAGAAGCAUUCCUACGCCGCGGUUUCAGCAUAACAGCGCACGACUUGCACAUGGUUGCACAGAUCUCCUCCUGGGACACAGUUGCCAUGGUGGCUGCAGCCGUACCGCCUGCCCAUCCGCAGGACACCUGGGCAUACAACUCGGCUUUCACCUCCGCGGCCCGCAAUGGCGCACCCCUGCCCAUCCUGCAGCUCCUCCAUGACCGUGGCGCUCGCAUCGACCUUGACGCCAUCGCCAUGGCCGGCAGCGAACACGCUAUGCAAUGGGCAUACGACCUACUCCUACAGCAGGGGCACCAACAAGUGCAGUCUACCGGCGCAUGGACCGGUGCCAUUCUCCUGGGCCCACCUGACGCUCCCUCCAGUUUCUCCAGUGCCGCGAAUUUCGCACUCUGGGCCUGCAACCUGCCAACCCUGCGCGUCCUGCGCGCCACGCCCGACGGCAUGGCCGUUGCAGCAUUCAACGUUCUCCAGCCAACCACUCCCACCGCGCCCGGCAAUGCACUUGCACCCACUCCUGGUCCUCCCACCAUCACCAACACGUCUGACGUGGCGUGGAGCGUGUACGGCCACGGAUUCGAAGUCGUGCACCUGUGGGAGGCCUGGCACGCGCCCGUUUCCGUAGAUGAAUGGCGGCGCCUGCAUGCUGCUCUGCUGCACAUGAUGCACUCUCGCCAUGGCGCACCACCCGACGUGAUCAACGUGCUCCCGUAUCAGCUUGCGUGGGUACUAGCGCACGUGCCCUAAGCCAGGCCAGCUCUGCUUGCAUCUGCACCACGACUUGCAACAAGGGAGACGUAGGCCUCACACAUCAAUGACGGCUGUUGACCACAGAUCAUCACAAGCGCUGAGGUGGUUUGUUAUAGCUGUUGUUGUUGCACUGUUGCGUGUGUUCAGAGUCUGCCUCACGAAUGGACACCACCAUAGAAGCGCUAAUGAUGUUGGGGGCGGUCGUUACAUUUGCCUUGGUCGCGCGCUAGAAUUGGUGGCAUAUCAGGAGGAGGGUGUGCACAAUCAGGCCCCCGGCCUAGCUGGUUAGCGAUUUGACUCGUCCUUACGGCAGAAGGGACCCGGGUACGAAUCCGGAUAAAAGCCCAAUUAUGCAAAAGGCGAAAGAUUGGUGCGAAACCGAUUGGUGAUCCCACGAACGAUAGGUAAUUGCCCUUAGUGGCAAUUGCGGGCUUGUGCCCGCUGCAACCUAGAAAGGUCGUGGUGCAGAAGUCCGAUUUAGUGGCGAGGUCCAAGGUUCAAGACAAGGCUCAAGAUCCAAGGCUCGAGGAGGAGCGCCAUGGCUCCUCGGUUUGCACGAACUGGCAGUGCUCCACUACUAUAACGCGGCGUUUCCCUAGCUCGAUAUGCUAGGUGUGCAGGCUUGGAUGUAGUGGACUUUGAAGAGCGGCCUAGGACUUGGAGGUUGUAGUUUCGGAGGUUGUGACUCUUUCGUGGUGAGGCGUCAGCGUGAGGGGGGCGGGCCCUCUCGCCCUAGUCACCUUGCCCCGUUAAUCCAUGCCAGGCCCUAUGGGCCGGCGUUGUAAUUAUUAUUAUUA